AUGGUGGUGAAAGAAUAUCAGCCUUUUAGUAUUGUGGAGGAUCCGGAGUUUAAAAGAUUUAUUAAUAUGUUAAAUCCGAACUACAAGCUUCCUACAAGGAAAACACUGUCCACAUCACUCAUUCCAGCGGCCUACAAGGAAACAUUGGAAGCCGUCAAAAAUCGUCUAAGUAAGGCCUUUGCAAUAUGUCUAACAGUUGAUGGAUGGACCUCCCGAGCACACGAUAGCUUCUUUAGCGUUACUGCGCACUAUAUAUCGGAAAGCAGCGAGCGAACUUUUUUGGCAUCAGAUCUGAUUACCUGUGUUUCAUAUGCUGACCGUCAUACCGGAGAAAACAUCAAAAAUAAGCUGCGUGAGAUAUGUGACGAGUGGGGAAUAGCAAAUAAAAUUGCGGUUAUAGUGACCGAUAACGCCGCAAAUAUGAAGGCUGCAGUACGUGAUGGUGGUUGGCGGCAUUGGGGCUGUUUCGCACACACUUUAAAUUUGAUUGCACAGGCAGGUUUAACAGAAAUUCAGGCGGUAUUAGAUAAGGUUAAAUCUAUAGUUCGUUUUUUUAAAAAAAGCUCCUAUGCAUACGCCAAGCUCAAAAGUACAUCAGAAAGCAUGCAGAUUCCCAUGUUAAAGUUAAUAAAUGAUGAUGUUACGCGAUGGAAUUCAACGUACGAAAUGUUGGAGCGAUUUUUAAAACUCAAAGAUGCUGUGAUAGCAACCUUAGCUUUAGUGAAGUCGUCUAUGCAGGUCAGAGACGAAUUUGUGAAGGGUAUUGCUCCUUUAAAUAACGAAGAGUGGCUGAUUGUAGCGGAAGUUGUGAAG